GGAAGAAUGGACAAAAGCCAUCCAAACAGUAGCAGACAGCCUUAAGAAACAAGAAGAAGAAAUAAUGGACUUUAGAUCUGGCUCCCCCAGUGAUAAUUCGGGUGCUGAAGAAAUGGAAAUUUCUAUGACAAAGCCAAAACACAAAGUAACGAUGAACGAAUUUGAGUAUCUUAAGCUUCUGGGGAAAGGUACUUUCGGGAAGGUCAUCUUGGUGAAGGAAAAAGCAACUGGGCGCUAUUAUGCUAUGAAAAUUCUGAAGAAGGAAGUAAUUGUUGCCAAGGACGAAGUGGCGCAUACCCUUACAGAAAACCGUGUUUUGCAGAACUCCAGGCAUCCUUUUCUAACGGCCUUGAAGUAUUCGUUUCAGACACAUGACCGUUUGUGCUUUGUUAUGGAGUAUGCCAAUGGAGGAGAGCUCUUCUUCCACCUGUCAAGAGAACGUGUGUUUUCCGAAGAUCGUGCCCGGUUCUACGGAGCUGAGAUUGUAUCAGCGCUGGACUAUCUACAUUCGGAGAAGAAUGUGGUUUAUAGAGAUUUAAAGUUGGAAAACUUGAUGCUGGAUAAAGACGGGCACAUAAAAAUUACAGACUUCGGGUUAUGCAAAGAAGGGAUCAAGGAUGGAGCGACAAUGAAGACCUUCUGCGGCACGCCGGAAUACCUUGCGCCAGAGGUGCUGGAGGAUAACGACUAUGGCCGUGCUGUGGACUGGUGGGGCUUAGGCGUCGUCAUGUAUGAAAUGAUGUGUGGGCGGCUCCCUUUCUACAAUUCAGACCACGAGAAGCUCUUUGAACUCAUCCUCAUGGAAGAGAUUAGGUUUCCACGCACAUUGUCGCCUGAAGCCAAGUCCCUUCUGUCAGGUUUGCUGAAGAAGGACCCAAAGCAAAGGUUAGGUGGCGGAUCAGAGGACGCCAAGGAGAUUAUGCAACACAGAUUUUUUGCUGGCAUUGUGUGGCAAGAUGUAUAUGAAAAAAAGUUGGUACCUCCAUUUAAACCACAGGUGACAUCAGAAACAGAUACACGCUAUUUUGAUGAAGAAUUCACAGCACAGAUGAUCACAAUCACCCCUCCUGACCAAGACGACAGUAUGGAUUGUGUUGACAACGAGCGACGACCGCACUUCCCUCAAUUCUCUUAUUCCGCCAGUGGAACGGCUUAGUGUUUCGCUUGCCCAUUCACAGCAACCAAUCAGACUGCAUUUUGGGGACCUUUAAUUUUGAUGGACACUAGAGAACUCUCUACGAUACAUGAAUUACAAACUAUGUUUGUACUACGGUUUAGUUGAAUUUGUAGGAAGCCUCACAGGCUGUGUAUUUAAAACAAUCCUGGCGCAUUUUUUGAGUUGGAUUCUCUGAUGCAAUUUUGGGAAAGAAGACAAGAAUCUGUUCUUAAAACAUUACUGAAAACAAUAAAGAAAAAGCUUUUUCUUCUGAAAAAAAACACAACAUUUUAGGUUUUUAAGAAUACACACCAAAACUGUUUUCUCUCUAGAUGCUUAAGAAAUUCAACAUAGCAGCAGCAGCAUUGACAACUACGACGACAAAAAAAAACACAAAACCUAAACUCCGCCAUAUUUUUUUAUUUAUUCCAUACAGCCCAUUAUGUAAGUAGAGAACCUUCACUCUGAUCAAUUAGAUUUAUAUAGGAUGAGAAACAAAUUUAGGUAGUGCAAUAUUAUGAGCAACAGAAACAAAAAAAUGAACAAACUCUGGAGAUGCAAGGAUUUUGCCUCUGUGUGGUAACACUGAUAAAGUUGGAGCCUCGAAAUGAAUGCCAUUUUUUGCUCUGAUGCAGUAAAAUCAAAACACAUGAGUGCGCUUACACGCCUGCUGCAAGAAAUGAACAUAUCAAAUGGAGCUCAGUGGAACUGAAUCCAUUUUUAAAUGAUACACAGAGAGCGAUCCCCUUUAAGAGAAUGCAUUUAAUGAAUUCCAUUGCCAAAUUUUGACAGCUAUCUACCAGCCGCUUCUUGCACAGAGGCUCCAUGGGAACCAGUGGAAGGUGUAUCCAGAGUGUAGUUCUGGGCAGAGGGCCUGCACCGUUUUUAGUCACCGCGUAGUUUUGCCUUUGAGAAAGGAAUCUUAUUUUGCCAAGGUCAAGGGAAAAUGCUUUCUAGUGGCAGACGUUGACCAGGCAGUGGAAUGCAGGUCCAGAGAAGCAUGAAUUCGCACACAUGUACAUACGUGUACACACACACAUAUUACACACAUGCAAAAAAAUGCACAAUGCUCUCAAAUGAUGGCAUAUCUUACUGAGCAAGUAGCUGGCCAUCUGGUAUUGGGCACCGAAGGACUUUGCCUUUGUCCAUGUAUUUAUAGAGCCAACAUGUCAUGCAAGUCAAGAUGGCAUCUCUGUGUUUUUCACUCUGUCUGCAAGUGUACAUUUCUAAAGGUUACUAAGCUGGGGAGGUGGAUGGUGUUGGCAAGGGAUGGAAGAAACUCCAUCAGCAUUGCAGCAGAUGUAUGUAAAAGGAGAAAGUUCAGCUGAGCAUGUGUGUUCAAGGAACAAUGGAGUCCAAAAGUUGACCCUCCCCCCCAACCCAUCUUUAUUUUCCUCCCUUAUCACAAUGUUUUGUAUUUUCAUCACUGCUUCAUUCUUGAUUGGCCAAACGUUAUUGGGAGACAAAAAUCUCUUUGCCCUUGAUACAGGCAAUAUUUUAAGCUCUCUUUUGUGCUGCGAAUGAGUUUAUUCAGUUGUGGCUUUACGUUCUUUUAGAUAUGCUUUUGUUUCUGUUCUCUUUAUCUGUAUAAAAUUGAACUAUACUGCAGUUCCUUAACAUAUUUUUUUUUAAUUUCAAAGGGAAUGUAUUUAAAAUAUCUCCCUCUACAUAAAAACCCAUUGUGUGUGUUGUGGGUUUUUUUUUGUUUUUUGUUUUUUUACAACAUUCAACUCUAGUAUUUUUACUUAUGAUAUGAAAGCUUCCCUCAAAAAUUACUUCAAUAAAAUGUGCUUUAACAAGUUA